CAAUCACGAGCUGGUCACGAGCGAAGAACAUCUUUGCUACCGUCAACAAGAAUUAUACGUCGCAUCUUAGGUUGCGAAAGUCUGUAGUUACCGGAGCAGAGCGCCGACGAAUCUUGCGGGCUUGAGAAUGCACGAGAUCCUCACGCUCCAGCUUGGUCAGCGGAGUAAUUACCUGGCAACGCACUUUUGGAAUACUCAAGAAUCCUAUUUCACGUACUCCGGAGAAGAAGAACCUGUGGUGGACCAUGAUGUCCAUUUCCGUCCUGGCAUCGGUGCGGAUGGCGCGGAGACCUUUACCCCAAGGACGGUAAUAUAUGACUUGAAAGGCGGGUUUGGCACGAUGAGGAAGCUCAAUGCACUUUACGAGCUGGAUGAAGAUAGAGCUGCGUCAGCGGGAGCAUGGAAUGGCGCACCUAUAAUGAGGCCACAGCCAACAAUAGAGCCAAGCGCAUACCAACUGAGCCUAGAAAACGGGACCACGCCUCCCCAACUAACAAAAGAGUCAAUCCGCUACUGGUCAGACUUCAACCGCGUCUACUUCCAUCCCAAAUCCAUCGUCCAACUCAACGAGUACGAGCUCGGCUCCACCCUCAUGCCAUUCGAGAACUGGAGCGUAGGCGAGGACCUCUUCAACUCUCUAGACAAGGAGCAUGAUUUACUGGACCGCGAUCUGCGCUCCUUCGCCGAAGAGGCUGAUCACAUGCAAGGCAUCCAGAUCAUGGCCAGCGUCGACGACGCCUGGGGCGGCUUCGCAGCGCGCUACAUGGAGCGCCUGCGCGACGAAUACGGCAAGACAGCGCUAUGGGUUUUCGGACUCGAAGGCAACGCGAAGGAGGGCCCAAGGAGUACCCAAUUCCUCAAACUCUCCAACACAGCCCGCUCCAUCGCCGAAGUAUCCUCCCAAGCCUCCCUCUACAUCCCCCUCACCAUCCCCUCCUCCCUCCCGUCCUACACAACAUGCGACCCCUCCUCCCCCUGGCACGCCUCCGCCCUCCUCUCCACAGCCCUCGAAACAAUAACGCUCCCCUCGCGCCUACACGCUCGUGCCGGCACGCGCGCGUCACUCGCUGAUACGGGGGCGGCGCUGAAUGUGAAUGGGACGCAGAAUAUCGCGAGGUUGCAGAUGUCUAUUGGUGAGGAUCCGGUGGCAAAUGGGGAGAGUCAUGGUGCGGCGAGGGAGACGGGGGAUAGUAGGCUCGCGACGCAUGCGGGUAGGUUGAGUGAGGAGGAUGAGGGAGGGGGGGUGGCGGAGUUGGAUAUGGAUUUUUCCCCCGUUGAUGCGCCGGCGAUGAAUGGGCGUGGGAGGCGCGUGGAUAGGAGGUUACAUACGUUUGGACGUGUGGAAUCUAGUCGGAGCGAUCAGGAGACUGGUGAGGAUGUUGAGUGGGAUGACCUCGAUGGGCGUGACCGCGCGAGACGACGUGCUGCUGGGCUGCCGAUAAUGCAUAAAACCUCAACCCCCCUCGCCUACCCCCUCCCCACAAGCUUCCCACACAUCUACAACCGCACCUCCGCCGCCCUCAGCGUACGCACCUCGCUCUCAACAGAUACCCGCGUCGCAGCUCGCAUCAAGAGUCUCCAAACCACUGUCGGACGAGCAAUUGGUGUCGAAGAACGAGAAGCGCUCUCUAACGCCUUGGGAGAGAUGGCGGAGGGGUAUGAGGAAGGGUGGAGUAGUGGGAGUGAUGAGGAUGAGGACUAGAGUUGUGGGUGAGGAGAUUGGGAAAGGGGAGUGAGGGAGGGAUUUGGGG